UUUGCAAUCUCGAGUUGCAAUUUUUUCCAACAUGGCCUCGACUGGAACGUGUACCCGAUUCAGCGAUGAAUACCAGCUUUACGAGGAGCUCGGCAAAGGCGCUUUCUCGAUCGUCCGCAGAUGCGUGAAGCUGUCAACAGGGCAGGAAUAUGCAGCGAAAAUCAUUAACACCAAAAAGCUGUCUGCUCGAGACCACCAGAAGUUAGAGAGGGAAGCUCGAAUCUGUCGGUUGUUGAAACACUCCAAUAUUGUUCGUCUCCAUGACAGCAUAUCGGAAGAAGGAUUUCACUACCUCGUGUUUGACUUGGUUACUGGAGGAGAGCUAUUUGAAGAUAUUGUAGCCAGAGAAUAUUACAGUGAAGCAGAUGCAAGUCAUUGCAUUCAACAGAUCCUGGAAGCCGUACUGCACUGCCACCAAAUGGGUGUUGUCCAUCGCGAUCUUAAGCCUGAAAAUUUACUCCUAGCCAGUAAAUGCAAAGGAGCUGCUGUGAAACUCGCUGACUUCGGUUUGGCCAUUGAAGUUCAAGGGGAACAACAAGCAUGGUUUGGUUUUGCAGGCACACCUGGCUACCUGUCUCCCGAGGUUCUUCGAAAAGAAGCCUAUGGAAAGCCAGUAGAUAUCUGGGCAUGCGGAGUUAUUCUCUACAUCUUGCUUGUUGGCUAUCCACCUUUCUGGGAUGAAGACCAGCACAAGCUCUAUCAACAGAUCAAAGCUGGUGCUUAUGAUUUUCCUUCUCCUGAGUGGGAUACAGUUACUCCAGAGGCCAAGAAUCUCAUCAAUCAGAUGCUGACAAUUAACCCUGCCAAGCGUAUUACUGCCACUGAGGCACUGAAACACCCCUGGGUCUGUCAACGAUCCACUGUUGCAUCUAUGAUGCACCGCCAAGAAACUGUGGAGUGUUUGAAGAAAUUCAAUGCCAGACGAAAACUCAAGGGUGCCAUCCUCACCACUAUGUUAGCAACACGGAACUUUUCAGUGGGCAGACAGACCACUGCGCCAGCUACAAUGACAGCUGCCGCCAGCGCGACUGUUGGUCUCGUUGAACAAGGUAGACGUGUGCGGGCAGACACUGCAGCCAAAAGUUUAUUAAACAAGAAGGUCGAUGGAGUUAAGAAAAGGAAGUCAAGUUCCAGUGUUCAAUUAAUGCCUCAGAUAAACAGCACCAAAAACAACGUAGUAACCAGUCCUAAAGGAAACAUUCCCUGCCCUGCACUGGAACCACAAACUACUGUCAUCCAUAAUCCUGUGGAUGGGAUAAAGGAAUCUUCUGACAGCAGUAACACGACUAUUGAAGAUGAAGAUGUUAAAGCCAAGGGCGCUGAGAGCAGUGCUGUAAGGAACCAGUCAGGUGCUGGGCCUCAGGCCGAGGUGCUCCAGUCUGCUCACCCUCCGCCUCCUGUACUCUCUGCAAAGUUCACAGAUGUCCUUAACAGUGUACGGAGAGGGUCAGGACCCUUUCCUGACCAUGAGGGGCUCCUGACUCCUGCUGCACAGCCUCCACUGCCUCCUCUCACUCCCUCUUCUAUGCCCACUGCGAAAUUCACAGAUGUUUUAAAGUGUGUGCCACGACAGUCUGCACCUUUUGCUGAAUCUGAGGGUGGCCAAUCUGUUCAGGUACCACCUCUCACUCCCUACAUCUCUAUCCCUUUUGCUAAAGGUAUGGAUCGUGUGUGUGUUAAGAAUCAGUCCAAUGAUUACAAGAGACCCCUCAGCUCACCACCUCCAACUCAAUCUCGCAAGCAAGAAAUCAUCAAGUUAACUGAACAGCUGAUCGAAGCCAUCAACAACGGAGACUUUGAAGCUUAUGCGAAAAUAUGCGACCCAGGACUGACCUCAUUUGAACCUGAAGCUUUGGGUAACCUUGUUGAAGGAAUGGACUUCCACAGAUUUUAUUUCGAGAACUUGUUAUCUAAAAACAGCAAACCCAUCCACACAACUAUUUUGAAUCCUCACGUGCAUCUAAUUGGAGAAGAUGCUGCCUGCAUAGCAUACAUUCGCCUCACCCAGUAUAUAGACAUUCAGGGUAGGCCACGGACAACCCAGUCAGAGGAGACACGGGUUUGGCACCGUCGGGACAGCAAAUGGCAAAAUGUUCACUUCCACUGCUCGGGUUCUCCAGCGGCACCACUCCAGUGAAGAAUUGAAGAGGUUGGCAGAGUUCUGGCCCAAGCAAACAUUCAAGCUGAGCCGCGAUCUGGUGGCCUCUGAAGACCAGCAGUAACAUGCACGUGUCCGCAUGCACAUUAUGCUCCUGGUGGCUGCAUAAUUGUCACGUUCGUGGAACUAUAUGGUGUUUCUUUCAACUGUCUCAAGAUGUAGACAUUAACUUAAAAAAAACAAAAAAAUUUACAAAAUCAAAAAUGGCUACUGUAUAUGUACUUUAUAUAAUUCACAUUUGAUGGCAGUGAUUUGUACAAUUCAUUCAAAACAUUUGCCAAAGCAUGAAGGUUAACAUUUAAUGGUGAUCAUCCUAAUGUUGGAGGGUUAGUGUUCCAUUUUAUAUUUUCUUGUACACUAAAGAUGUGUCACUUAUUCUUUCGGGAACUUAAUUCUGAUGUCCUUACACUUGACUCAGUGAAACCGUACAUGACGCCCCAUCGCAGCCACUAGUACUUCUGGAUGAUAUUAAGGCAGAAGGCAGCCAAUCAAAUUAAGCAGCCAACAGUUAAUUCAAAAAUGGCUUCACAAACAAUUUUUAAAUUGUGGAAAAUAUUAUUUUUGAAACAGUCUUCUGCCAUCAACAACUUGUCUCACAAGGUUGCUUCAAGUAUAUGAAAAAACACAGCGACCUGAUUUUUCAUUUCUUAAACAUUAUGUAUGCUGUAGUGGAGGAAGAAAGGUAGCUCUGUUCAUGGAUUUUUCCUCUGUUCUAUGUGAAAUGUAUUGGUUUGAUAGAACAACCUUUUAUGAAAAAGUGAAUUUAAGAGGUAACAAGUACAUCACUUGAAAUAGCAGUGAUCUGAGAAAAUUGACAAGGCUCGGGCGAACACCUCCCUGAUUCCAUUCUUUUAAAAAGUGAGUGAGUUAACUAUACCAUAUUGAAGUAGCCAGAUCUAACUUGAUGUUCUUUACUGUUUUGUUAUACUGUGCUACCAACUCUAGGAUUUAAAGAAAAACUAUUGCCAUCAGUUAAAACUGUAUAUGCAUUUUUACAAAUGCAUGUUAAAUAUUUAUAGCCAAUAAUUUUUGUGUUUAACUUGCCAUGGGUUCAGAUGAUGUACUGAGCUUUGUUUUCAAAUUACAGAGUCUUGAAUGCGUGUAGUGAUACAAUCUGAUGUCUGAGAUCAGUCUAGCUGGAAGGCCUCUCAGAAAGGCAUGAUCACUUUGUGGUUUCUUUGUUAAACUUGUGUAGAAAAUAGCUUAUUAAAAUAGCCAAAAAAAAUGUUCUUUUGCAUGACAUAAUUAACCCUGUUGGUUUCAAAAGAAGUUGCCCGUGGAGCUCUACAUUUCUCUUACCUUCUCCUUUCUGAGCUUUGUAACAGCAUAAAAUCUUUUUUUGUCUGCUGUGUGUAAUGAAGACCUGGUUUGCAUGCACUUGAUCAACCGCUUAACAAUUUUGUGCAGGGGCUGUGGAAACGCAUUGAGAGGACUCCUCUUAUCGUGUUUUUAUGGAUGUUUUAAAUUAGACAGCUUAGGGAUCUUAAGUGUAAUGAGCUGUGUGUGGAUCUUUUUUUAAUUUUUUUUUACAACGGCUGUGGAACCAUGAAUUAAACAAAUGAGUUGUAUCUCAUUUAAUGCCUCAUGUGGCUUGAAGUGUGGAAGUGCUGAUUUUGCUGGAGAUAUUUUUACGUUUGAAAAUGAUGGACUAUAUUUGCUUUUUACACAGCAACUUGCCUGAAUAUGAAAUGUGAUUUUUUUUUAAUUAUUCAAGUUCUCUGCAGCUGAAAUUCUGUCAGGUCUGGUUUAUAUGAGGACAAAAAAAUAAUAUGUUACAGGAUGUGGUCUAUGUGUUCCUCUCACCAUUUAAAAUUGU